GUCAUCUUUUUACCAACCCAAAUCUGUUGAUAAUUCCUUUAAAACCCCCCUCUUCAUCUUUCUAUUUCUUUCUAGUCCCUAAGAACAAAAGGGUACUAUCUCCCAAGCACAACGUACAAUCAUAACUCUGCACAAAAAAUCGCCAACUACCACCGGUCAAAUUCGCCCCCCGACGUCUUGGAUAUAAAAAAUCAGACAAAGUUUUGGAAAUUUGUACAUUUUGCCCAAACGAAAAGAAUUCUGCUGAGAGAUUUUGGUUGGUAAACCCUCUUAGAAAGAGGGUCAAUUCCCACCUGCACCCACUUAGCCACUAAAAACCCCAACUUUCUAUUCAUCCAAACACCCACUUAGAGAGAGAAGUGACCGAAACUUUGAGAGAGAAAGAGGGUAAAAAAUGGCCCAAGUAAGCAAAAUAUGCAGCAAUGGAGCUCAAAACACUGCCACUUUGCCAAACAUCUCAAACCCUCACAAACCCAGAUCCUUCAGCUCUUCAAUCUCGUUGAGAUCGAAGUUGUGGGGUUCUUUGAGCUCUCUGAGUUUGAAGCUCGACAACAAUUUCGUGGGUUGUUGUACGGCCGGUGGCAGAGCCAUGGCCGGUCAGGUUAUGGCUUCGGUUGCGACGGCGGAGAAGCCAUCGAAGGUUCCGGAGAUUACGCUGCAGCCCAUCAAAGAUAUCUCCGGCACCGUCAAGUUGCCGGGUUCCAAGUCUCUCUCGAAUCGGAUUCUGCUUCUCGCUGCUCUCUCUGAGGGAACAACUGUUUUGGACAACUUGUUAGAUAGUGAAGACAUUCACUACAUGCUUGGUGCCUUGAAAACCCUUGGACUUCGUGUUGAGGCGGACAAGGGAACAAAACGAGCAAUUGUCGAAGGUAGUGGUGGUCAGUUUCCAGUGGGUAAUGAAUCAAAGGAUGAAAUUCAACUUUUCCUUGGAAAUGCUGGAACAGCAAUGCGUCCAUUGACAGCAGCAGUUACUGUUGCUGGUGGAAAUUCUAGCUACGUACUUGAUGGUGUACCCCGAAUGAGAGAGCGACCAAUUGGAGAUUUGGUUGAUGGUCUUAAGCAACUUGGUGCAGAUGUUGAUUGUUUCCUUGGCACAAACUGCCCCCCUGUCCGUGUAAUUGCAAAGGGAGGCCUUCCUGGAGGGAAGGUGAAGCUUUCUGGAUCAGUUAGCAGUCAAUAUUUGACUGCUUUGCUUAUGGCAGCUCCCUUGGCUCUUGGAGACAUUGAAAUUGAGAUUGUUGAUAAGCUAAUCUCGAUUCCCUACGUUGAGAUGACAUUGAAGUUGAUGGAGCGGUUUGGGGUUAGUGUUGAACACACUGAUAGCUGGGAUCGCUUCUUAGUUCGAGGAGGUCAAAAGUACAAAUCUCCUGGAAAUGCUUACGUUGAAGGCGAUGCUUCAAGUGCUAGUUACUUCCUAGCUGGUGCUGCAGUAACUGGUGGGACUGUGACUGUUGAAGGUUGCGGGACAAGUAGUUUACAGGGAGAUGUAAAAUUUGCUGAAGUUCUUGGGAAAAUGGGUGCUAAAGUUAGCUGGACAGAGAACAGCGUCACUGUCACUGGACCGCCACGAGAUUCUUCCGGAAGAAAACACUUGAAAGCCAUUGAUGUCAACAUGAACAAAAUGCCUGAUGUUGCCAUGACUCUCGCUGUAGUUGCUCUUUUUGCUGAUGGCCCCACUGCUAUAAGAGAUGUGGCAAGUUGGAGAGUCAAGGAGACGGAGAGAAUGAUUGCCAUUUGCACAGAACUCAGGAAGUUGGGAGCAACAGUUGAGGAAGGACCAGAUUACUGUGUGAUCACCCCACCUGAGAAGUUAAAUACAGCGGCUAUAGACACAUAUGAUGACCACAGGAUGGCCAUGGCAUUCUCCCUUGCUGCCUGCGGAGACGUCCCAGUUACCAUCAAGGAUCCGGGUUGCACCCGAAAAACUUUCCCCGAUUACUUUGACGUCCUCAAGAUAUUUACAAAGCACUAAACGUCUAUAUUGUUAAAGAUUCAUUCAGAGAGAGAGAGAGAGAGAGAGAGCAAUAGCAUUGGCUGCCAACAUCGCAACCAAAGCAGUGGGAAGGCAAGCAAUUCCCUUUUUCAUUUGUCAUAUAAUAUUGCGUUGUGAUUUUUGGCUGACUAUACUUUGCAAGUUGAGCUUGUCAUUGUUCUCUUAAGAGUUGUAUAAUCUUCUUGUUUGUUUCUCAUAGUUAUUUUUGUUGUAAGAUCUACAGAACUUCCCUUAUUUUUUUUCCUUUUUUAAAAUAAACUUGUGGGGGGCAAAUUCCACAUCUGCAAUGAUCUCGAGUGUAGAAAACUUUUGUUAAUGUAUAGGUCUCUGGCAGCAGCACCGUCCUGGAUCUACUUUAUAAUGAGAAUUUCCGUGAUCUUGUAAUGCCA